UUCUGCAAGGUGGUUUUCUGAUCUUCCCUUUUCCAUUAGGAACAUUUGGACCAUUUUCAACUCUCCACUCGGUCUCUGGUCAGGGGAUCUUGCUAGCCGCAGUAACCCAGGUCUCUGGAGCCCUGAGUGGGGUUGAGGUAGAGGAGCCUUGUCUCUGGUUGCUGGUGCUUUGGGGCUGGAGGAGAGAAUGGACAUGCCAAGGAGAUCCAUGGCUGGAGCCGGGUCAGGGGGCUGUGGAGCCAGGCUAGACCACGUUGGGGUGGCCCGGGCUGGGCUGUGGCUGCUGCUGUGGGGGUGCCUGCUGGGGGCUGGCGGGGUGGAGGCAUGCCCUUCUCUGUGUACCUGUGUGGGAGCCACGGUGGACUGCCACGGCCUGGGGGUCCGGAACAUCCCCAAGAAUAUCCCCAGGAGCACAGAGAGACUUGAUCUAAAUGGGAACAACCUGACGACCAUCAGCAAGACAGACUUCUCUGGCCUCAAACACCUCAGAGUUCU